ACUAUUUCACAAUCUCAUUCACUGAGCUUCUAUCUCACCUUAUCCUCCACCGUCUUGGGAGUUUUGUCACACAUGUUCUAGGGGAACAUUUAAUUGUUCUUGGGAAGUCUUGCAGUACUAGUUCAGCUAAGGCUGUUGCCUUUUUGUGAAUCGCUUGUCAUGACAUGUCUUUAAUGGCAAGGCACCUGGAUAAGAGCUUAUUUGAUCAGGGGGAAUCUACUGGACAGACUAAUGUUGGCGUACUCCAAGGUGAGAGGGAAGCUAUUCAGAAAAGAACGUUCACCAGGUGGAUAAACGCACACUUGGAAAAAUUUCCAAUAAAGGUUGAAGACCUCUUCACGGAUAUACAAGAUGGGAGAGUGCUCCUGGCGUUACUGGAGGAGCUGUCGGGAUGCAGACUGUACCACAGAUUCAGACCAUCCUUACACCGCAUCUUCCGACUCAACAACAUUGCAAAGGCAUUGGCUUUCCUUGACGACAGACAUGUGAAGCUACAGAGCAUUGACGUUGUUACUAUUGCUGAUGGCGUUCCCUCUGCUGUCCUCGGCUUGAUCUGGAAUAUUAUCCUAUUUUUUCAAAUAAAAGAGGUCACAAGUGGCCUCCAGAAACAUCUCUCGUCCAGCCUCUCAUCAUUACCCAUCAGCUGUUUCCCUUCACCCUGUGACCUUUCACCUGUCACUGAUGACUUCAACCACCCUAACACCCUGCCUUCCAAGGGCAGGAAGGCUGCCAGCAACCAACAGCAUCAUGGAAAAGCUAUCAAGACACUUCUGCACUGGGUACAACGACGCACAUCAAAGUUUGGCGUAAGUGUACUUGACUUUGGAAAGAGCUGGAGCAGUGGUCUGGCUUUCCUGGCUCUGGUUAAAUCCGUAGCCCCUGGCCUGGUGGACUUGAGCAACAGCCUCUCCAGAGACCACAGAGAUAAUGUGAGGGAGGCCUUCAUGAUAGCUCAAAGCAGACUGGGGAUCCCAACUCUCCUGCACCCGGACGAUGUGACCCGCUGUGGCCCAGAUGAGCGCUCCAUCAUAACCUACGUGUCACAGUUUCCUGAACAUUACCCUGGCAUUGAUGAAGACCUUCGCUCUGAUUUUGAAUCAAGGAAAACUUUAUUAACAGGGAGAGAUGUCCAACCAACGCCAAAGCCCCAUGGCCUAACCCCAGUGAAGUCAGUUAGCUUUGGGUCCACAUCCCCCUCUUCUGAAGAAGCACAGACCUUGUCCAUAAGCCAGGAGAUGACCAAUGAGCAGCUACCAAGGAUGAAACAGACCAAUGGUCCUUCAGAUGAGCCUUGGCUAACCCCCGCCCACCUGCCUGAAAUUUUUGCUAAAGUCCUUAGUGUUCCAUCCCUUCAUCAGUCCAAAAGUCCAACACCAGGAAGCAAUUCCGCCACUGAAAUCAACAUUGACAGCCCUGUUUCCUUGACGUACACUGAGUCCAGUCGCCCAUUGGGUCUGAGUGCGGAGAGUACUGACACAGGAGUGGUGUUCUGGAUGGAGACGACUCCUGAGGAGAUCUCCAGCGGGCGCUGCGUAGACGAGGGGAUCUUCUCCCAGAGUUCGGAGGAAGGCAUCUACAUGCUAUCCACGCUGGACUCAGAUGAGGAGGAAGCGUACAAUUACAUCCUUGGUUUGAACAGGGAGGUGUGUGAUAUCUUAGGGCCGUCCAAUCAAGACUAUGGUGAAACGCUAACUUCAGGACUAACUCCUCAGCUUGCUCAAGAGCUAACUCCAGGACUAACUUCUGGGUUAACUCCAAGACCAUCUCCGGUACUAACUCCGGGACUAACUCCAGUGCUAGAUCAGAUGGUGGCAGACAUGGAGGCUGUCUACCAGAAGGAUGAACACCCAGUUCCUGAGCAGGAGAUAAACAAGGCUGAAAAAGAGCAAGAUGGAGGGAUGAAUCCAGUUAGCAAUGUUAGUAAAGCUAAUGUGAGGAGGAUGUUUGCUAUGAGGAUGGAGGAAGAAGACAGAAGGGGGGAGAAAAGCAAAGGGGAGGAAGACCUCAAGGAAGAUGGAGGGAGAACAAGUACAUUUAAAGAGGAGGAGGAAAAAAAGGAGCAUGCAUGUCUGAAAUCAUAUUUUGAAGUGAGGGAGGAAAAGAGUGAGAUGAGAGAGGUGUUGGAGGAAGAAACUGGGAGCUCAGACCUAGAGGAGGAAGAGGUCUUGAGAGGAGGGGAGGGGUCUACUGUGAAAGACAUGGUUAGAGUUCGAUGGAGGUUUAGAGGAGGGGAGGACAGAACCGGGGAGGAACAAGUGGGAAGUAGCCAGCAUGAACGUGAGUCUGAGAAAGAAGAGUUGGAAGAGGACACAACAGAACUAAAACGCAUUGGGAGAGUGUAUUUUCAUAAUGUGGCGCCCUCUAGUGGUGAACUGGAAGUACUGUUCAUCUUGUGGAUCCUGUUCUACUGUAGUCUUCUCUUCCUGCAACUGGACCUUCGAUAGCCUUCUCAGGCGCCAGUAAUAAACUCUCACAGAACUGGCACAACUCACAGUUUAUUUAACCCUUGUGUUAUCUUCGGGUCAUUCUGACCCAUCAGUCUUUGUGACCCACCACUGUAUUGCGACAACUUUACCGCAUACAAAAACAAAGUGAAGCUUUUUCUUUUAACCGUUGGGCUGUCUCAGACCCCCCACAUUGCGAAGAUUAUUUGUUUUUGUAUUGGGUAAAAUUGGGUAAACGGAACGAUCCUGGAUCUUCUGCUGUACUUUCCAUAUGCAGUUUAAGUCGCUUGGAUAAAAGCUAGCUGCUUUUAAAGACUCCAUAUACACACUGAAAACUACCAAGUAAUUAUUUUAUCAUUUACACAGGCUAUACACACUAAUCAGUCAAAACAAGAUUGAAAAGCUUUAUCAUAUUACAUUUUAUAUUUUAUGGAAAGUGCAUUGUGUUCACUUUUAAUGUAAUUAAAUGUGUCAAUAAG